AUGCGAGCCCGAACACCCACCGCAUUCUUGCUGUUCUCUAGCAGCCUCCUUUCCCUCACUGCAGCAGCAGCCGCAAAACCAUCACGCGGAGGUGGCCAGCCCAUCAUUAUUGACACAGAUCUCUUUGGCGACGUUGACGAUGUUGGCGCGUUGACUAUCGCUAACGUGCUGCACAACUGCGGCCUCGCGGAUAUCAAGGGAAUCGCAAUCAAUACGCAUUCAAAGUAUGGGGCGCCGGCUGCUAGUGCCAUUUGCACACACUUCGGUAACGGCGAUGUACCAGUCGCUGCGAUCCGUCCGUUAACGGAUGAAACCUUUUUUGAUGAUUGGGAAUACGUAAGGGGUGAAUACGCCAGCAAGGUCGCUUACAACUGGCCGGGAACUCUCACCAACGCCUCCCUAGCCCCAACGCCCGUCGAGCUCUAUCGUAAGGUUCUCGCUGCAGCAAGCAACAAAAGUCUCCAUCUCAUUUCCAUCGGCUUCCUCACCAACAUUGCGGAUCUUCUCCGAUCCAAUGCGGACCACAUCAGCCCGCUUGGCGGUCGAGAGCUCCUAGCGGCCAAGGUCAGCGAGCUCAUCAUCAUGGGUGGAAGGUACCCUUCUGGCUGGGAGUACAAUUUCGGCGGAACUGAUCCCAAUAGCACGGCCUACGUUCUCGAUCAUUGGCCAAGAACCGUGGCCGUGACAUUCUCCGGCGGUGAACUAGGAGGCAGCAUCUACUCUGGCCAAAGACCAUUGAUGGAACAGACGCCGUCCGUCGAUUCUUUGACAGUCUCAGCUUAUCAAUGGGUCAGCACCUUCCAUGUCUCCCACCUGAACGUUGCUGCUGGUAUCAUAUCUAAGUUUAGACGGUUGCACUAA